ACGCCGGCUACCUUCCUUAUGUUUUAAAAAAAAAGUAUUUUGGAUUAUAUUAUUAUAACAUCAACCUAAAGGUAUAGGUCACCAUAGAUUAUGGUUGAUGCGACACUUAAGUGUGGUUUCUGCCACACAGGAGAAGAGAAUGACACCUUGUGUGGAACCCUGCAUCGGGAUACUCUUAAGGGAAAUACGGUUUGCGCCCACCACAAGUGCAUGCAAUAUUCUGCUUUGCUUGUACAGUACAAGACAGAUGGGUUUGGAGGGUUCAAGAAAACAGAUGUUGUUAAAGAAAUUAAAAGAGGAAAGAAAUUGGCAUGCCACAUCUGUAAAGCAGACAAAAACAAGAAGCUGCAUAAGACUGGAGCCACAUCUGGAUGUGCCCUGGCCUCAUGCAAGAAGACGUUUCACUAUCUGUGUGUGUCAAUGAGCCCACAUACUGUUGCUAAGCGAUACAGAGUUGCUGCAGGAGACAAGGUUGUCAUUCUCUACAGAGUCUUCUGCAGUCAAAAGCAUGAACAGAUGUACAAAAAUCAGCUAAGUGCUGAGGAUAUAGUUGGUAAAAACCAGUCCAGUGAUGAAGAUGAGGGGGUCGGGGAUGAGAACCAUCAAUCUCCGAGCGAAGACUCUGAUGAUGACGAUGAACCCGUUGCCAAGAAACCCCGGGUCGGGACUAGACAGAGGGGCCUGAAGGGAGGGGAGGCGGAACAGGGAGGUACGGGGAUGGCCGGCCCAACUAUGACCAGCGAGGAGGUGAUAUCAGAAACCAAGGAACAAUACAGUGAACUUCUCACCAAACACAAGGCAUCACCAAGGAGAAGGCCCCCUAGUAGCAAUAAAGGUGAUGAGUCAUUUCAAACUGCCGCAACUAGCCGCCCAUCAAUAGAUGAAGAUGACCCGACAGAAGACUUCAGCACAAGUCCCGAUCCAGAAGCCUCCUCCUCGUCGGAUGUCGAGGAACCAGUUGCUUAUUCAAGCGAUGGGUAUAAAAUACUGAUUCCCAGCACGCUGACUGACCCAGAUACAAAGUCAGCCUACGAAAAGGCUGGCGUAUCAUCAUGUCUCAUCUGGCCAAUGAGCUAUAUCCAUUCCGGGCUGUCUGAUAAGCACAUGCCUUUUGUCAUGUUCAGUAUAGCCAGUAUUCUUAGUAAACAAGAAGAGGGCAUUGAAGACGUGUUUUUAGAUGUUAAUCCUUCAAUAUACGAGAACAUGGCUGACUUGUACAAAACCUGUGAAUCAAACAGCAACAUUGUUGAUCAAUUGAUAAACCUCUGUGACAAAGCUAAUCUUAUAUUUAAGUGUGAAGUGUGCCGCCUUAUUCGUCUUAAAAGUGACAAAUUCUUCCUGCUUCUCUCCCUGCCGAGGUCGUACCUCUCAAGCCACGAUGUAUGGAGUGCGGUAAAUGUGUAUAAAUGGAAAGAUUCUACAUUUGUCUCAAAGAGCCCAUUAAAGCAUUUGAAUCCAAGCCUUGAAAAGAAAGUCCUUCUCAAUUGGCUACUACCACAGCUGUACCAGAAAUCCUGCGAAAUUUCUGUGUACCCAACAGAGGCGACAUUUAGGGAUCCUAAGCCACAAAAACUGUAUAUAGUUGCAAAAGAAAUAGAAUUCAAACUCGAGACCAUCUCGCAGAGUUUUCUGAGUGAUGCCGUUGUCAAGGUCCUCAUUGUUCGAAAGGUGAACCGUAACCUGGUAAACUUCAAGGCUUAUCUGUCUGUGUUGCUUGACAAUUUCUUCACAGAGAACGCGGGUUAUGAGUGUGUGUGUGUGGUGGAGCUUCUGCCGGUUGAUGAUAUAGGAACCCUGGAGGACUUCUUGCCCAUGAGCUGCAGGAGGGUUGGCCAACACUCUGUGAAUGUGUAUACUGCCUUCCAUCCCAGGGAGAGGGCCAUCUCUUGCCUUGUAUGCCAUAAAAGCACCAUCUCUGCAGGAAAUAUGACAGCUCCAGUUUCCUACCCAGUGACCUGUAGACCCAGCCAGCCUAAGGUUAAACACAACAAAAAUGAGAAGGUCUCCAACCACACACUCACUCGGGAACACAGCAUUUACCUGGAUGUGGACGAAUCACCAAACUUUGAUGGUGCUUUCUAAUUUAAGUUAAACUGAUGAUGCGCUCUAGUUUGAGUUUAAAUUGAGGUGCUCCCCAGUUUCAGUAAAACAGAUGAUGCUCUCUAGUUUGAGUAAAACAGAUAAUGCUCUCUAAUUUGAGUAAAACAGAUGAUGCUCUCUAGUUUGAGUUCAAAUUGAGGUGCUCUCUAGUUUGAGUAAAACAGAUAAUGCUCUCUAGUUUGAGUAAAACCGAUAAUGCUCUCUAGUUUAAGUAAAACAGAUGAUGCUCUCUAGUUUGAGUAAAACAGAUAAUGCUCUCUAGUUUGAGUAAAACAGAUGAUGCUCUCUAGUUUGAGUUCAAAUUGAGGUGCUCUCUAGUUUUAGUUAAACUGAUGAAGCUAUCUAGUUUGGGUUCAACUUGUCCUCUAGUUUUAUUUAAACUUGUGGUGCUCUCUAGUUUGAGUUAAACUGAUGCUGCUCCCUAGUUUGGGUUGGACUUGUGGACUCAGGUUUGAGUGCAAAUUUAGGUGCUCUCUAGAUUGGGUUAAACUGGAGGUGCUCUCUACUUUUAGUUAAACUGGAGGUGCUCUCUAGUUUGAGUUUCACUGAUAAUGCUCUCUAGUUUGAUUUAAAAAUAUAUGUUCCUCUAAUGUUUAAGGCACACUAUAUUGGUUUUCAGUGGAUUACAAGAGAAGUUCUACCAACCACUACCAAGUCAUACCAUAUUUAGAGAAGUUAUGCCAUGAAUAUGUUAUGAAGUAAAAAUAAGGAUAAUAUAUUUGGACUACAGUAACGUUGAAAAAGUUGAGAAAAUGUUAUGUAAAAACAGCCCUAAAGAAGGGAAAAAUCUGAAAAGUUUCCAAGGGUUAAAAUGGUUUAUAUAUUGUAAAACUUAACAACUUUGUUUUUAUAUCAUCCCCUUUGUUUUUAUAUCAUCCCUUCUAUCUCAUCAUAUGUAGGGCCACACAUAGCAUCUUAACAAUAGAACAUAGAUGGAAAAACUUCUCCAAAUCUUGCGCAACUUGGUACUGGUACUGCUAAAGUGUUAGUAUGACUUUUCCUCUACCUAUAUAACAGCGUACAUGCCAUUAAUUUUCGUUGGCAUACCAAUGUGGAUUUCACUUGGAAAAGAAAGCCAAAAUGUCUGCGACAUUCAAGUUAGUUGAAUUGCAUAUUUUACAUCCAUGAUCAUCUUAAAUUUCACCAUAAACAUUUUUUUCUGUUCUAAACAGUUCAUCCUUUAAGCAAAAUGGGUUUUGUGGCUACUCUGUGUGUAGACCAGUUUUCCUAAAGGGGCUCUCUUAUUAAUAAGCAAAUAGCAACUUUGAGGGAACUGAAUUCAUUGACCAAAAGCAAGUUUGUAAAUUAUUGGCAACACUGAAGACUUGCACCAUGCAGGAAUUUUCUGUAAAUGUUUUAAUCUGGACUGCGUUAAUAAUGUAGUUGGGAUUUGUUCUGUUGAGUCUCUGAAUGUCAAAAUACAGUGCUAUUUAGCAUAAUUACUUGUUUGGUGUAGAAAUUGUUUAUUUAUUAAUGUUUACAAGUAACAAAUAGUUACUAUUUGUAUGACUGUACAUUUUUUUGUAUUACGUGUGUUCACCUAUUGUGAUGGCGAGAAUAUAUAUGAACAAUUUAUUUAUGUAUAUAAUUGUUGAAGGCAGCAUAAUCCUGGAAUGAAUAAUGCUGUAAAUUAUUGUUGGCCGCAAGUAAAAAUCAUGCUUACAAAAUUGUUCAUAACUUGUAUAAAUGUGUAGCAAUUAUCUUUGUGAAGAUUAUAUUUGUUCUCCUUUAGUAUUGAGAAGACUUGUCAGGAGCUGAGAACAAUAUUUGUUUUAUUGUUCCAAGUCACAAAGCUAGGGUUGCAUUCCUCUUGUGGUCUUUUUGUAUAACUUUUUCGGGAAGAGAACCAAUUGUAACUGCAUUUGAAUUGACACUGCCUAGAUAAAUAGUAAAGAACAUGCUGAUUUCUACUGUGGCAUUAUUUGCAUGAGGCAGUCAGCAUUUAAGAACCUUACAUGUAUAUAUUCAUCUAUUUUCGACAAUGGGCUGAUCGUUCAGAACUUUGUUAAAGUUAACAGCGUUAUUAAGGACAUGGUUGUUAACUUUUGAAUGUGAAAUAUUAUAUGUGUUCACACAUUAACUUAUAAACUAGUCCAGCUGAAACAAAUGUCUUAAAUCUUGCUUGAAGUACAGCAGAUUAUAAGUGUAUCGAUUAAACUUCCAGAGCAGUAACGAUUUGAAAGUUAACAAUAAUGACGUUAACCAUGUUGUUAACUGCAAAAAUGUUCUGUACAAUUGCCUCAAUGCCUCCUUAUGUGUAUAAUAUGUUCACUGCAAUGCUCAUUUUGUCAUGUAUGACAUGAGUUUACUGUAAAUAUAAUAAUAGAUACCUGUAUAAUUCAGAUAGACACUUGUAAUUUAUCAUUGAGGCCACAAUUGAUAAAAUGUUUAAUUGGCAUUUCACUACAUUUUGAGCUGUGGGUAGGUAGGGAAGUUUUUUACAUCCUAACCCCUAGUUCAGUCAUGAAAAAAUAUCCAAUACUUGUAGAUGCUUAAAAACUUAUUGGUUGCAGGUAUGUUUGAGAGUCAGUCUGAAAAUACCUAACGAAGUAUUUCUUUUAUCAAUUGUGGCACUAUUGCUAAUUGUUGAUUGAUCUAUACAGUUUGUAUUUUAAUCCAUAUUUUGUACAAUUUAUUGGGAAAGUUAAACUGUUGUCAGUUAAAUAAGUGGCAAAUGAAGAGAAAGGUACAUGUAUGUAUUGAUUUUGUGUAUGUCAGUACUAUUCAAUUGACAAAUUGAACCUGAGUUUGUAACAUGAAACUAUUUCCGGUGUUGUCUAUUGUUGUGGCAUAUAAUGUCAAAUGUGAAUGACAGGUUUAUAAAUACAUAUAAUGUCAAAUGUGAAUGACAGGUUUAUAAAUACAUAUAAUGUCAAAUGUGAAUGACAGGUUUAUGAAUACAUAUAAUGUCAAAUGUGAAUGACAGGUUUAUAAAUACAUAUAAUGUCAAAUGCGUAUGACAGGUUUAUGAAUACAUAUAAUGUCAAAUGCGUAUGUCAGGUUUAUAAAUAAAUAUAAUGUCAAAUGCAAAUGGUAGGUUUAUAAAUACAUAUUAUGUCAAAUGUGAAUACCAGGUAAUAGGUGUAUAAAUACAUAUAAUGUCAAAUGUGAAUGGUAGGUUUAUAUUGUCAAAUGGGAAUGACAGGUUUAUAAAUGCAUUUAAUAUGCAUAUGCGUACCAUGUCGAUAUCAAUCAUAAGUUUUGGUUUAUAAUAAGUUUUCAUACUACAUUUAUGUCGAUUGUUAUUGUUUUGUUUUGCUUUUUGUGGCAGCUGUAAUUUGAAAAGAAUUUUAUGUUGAUUCUUAUUGAGAACUAUAGUGUUUUGGUUGUUGACGCAAUUACAUGUAAUUCUCCCUGAGUUUAUAUUCAAAGCUUUUUUGUCAUCAUUUUCCAAAUAUGGCAUUUAAAAAGAAUGUUACAUGUGUGCUUAGUCAUAGACAUUGACCCCAUCAGUAUUUACCACCAGGUCCAUUUAGGGUGUCAGUUCCAGUAUGCUGUAAUUGCACCAACAUGCUAAAUACUGGCACUCAACAAUUGAAAUCAAACCUGUCGCUUGUGGUUUGUUUUCAAAAGGUUAAAUGAAUUGCAGCUAGCUGGUAUUGGGAAGCGAAGAAGCUUCUGUGAUUUCAUGCGUAAAAUUUUACUUUAACACCAGUUUAUCAGCGACAUCCCUUCAACAGUUUGUGGAGGAAAUACUGGGCUCUGUUACAUGUUUGGUAAAAAAAAAAAAAAGCGUAUCAUUUGUUGAUCGAAACAAAAAAAUCUUGCAUUCACUUUAUAAUAAUGUCUAAACUAUAAUAAUGUCUAAACUAUAAUAAUGUCUAAACAAUAAUAAUGUCUAAACUAUAAUAAUGUCUAAACUAUAAUAAUGUCUAAACUAUAUGUCUAAACUAUAAUAAUGUCUAAACAAUACUUGUGUUAGAAACCCUGUCAUAAUCUUUUCAUUACACAAGGCUGUCUUAAUUGACAUGACAUUGAAACCAUUCCAGAGAUUUUCUGGGCUCAUGGUAAGCCUGAACAAACAAAUUGACUUGGGAUCCAUUAUAUUGUUUGGUUCUACCAAGUUGGUAAUAAUUAUUGAGGGUGUUCAUAAUCAGAUUUAUGCAUUAUAUCAUUUUCAGAUAUCAUUUCACUUGGAACAAUUUGUUAUCGCCCACUUCAAAGUGGCCUUUGAACACCCAGCAGGACCAGUUUUGUAUUGUUGUUUUGUUAAGGAUAAUGUUUUUAAACAUCCUUUUAUGACUCGUUUUUAUUUGUAAAACUACCUGUACAUGACUUUUUAUUUAGAUAUUUUGUAAUUAUUCAUAUUACUGUUUUUAUGUGCACAUUUGUUCAGCUUCUAUGCACGUAGUUUUGUUGACUGUUCACACGUUGAUUACAUGUAUAUGAUGUAGGAUGCAUACACUUUUGUUGACUGUUCACACGUUGAUUACAUGUAUAUGAUGUAGGAUGCAUACACGUUUGCAUGUUAAUUACAAAAAGAGUGAGUUUUGUUAUGGACAACUAUUAGUUUAUACUGUAAUGUUGUAUUGAAAUAUGUAUAUUGAUAAAAAGAUGUAAGUGUAACGCGUAAAAAAUAUUUUUGUUAUGCCCCCUUUUGUUUUGCACAUGUCGGUCGGUCGGUCGGUCGGUCUGUCUGUCUGUCGGUCGGUCGGAAUACCAAAUGGUUUCCGAUCAAUAACUUGAGAACGCUUUGACCGAGGGACCUCAUACUUGGUAUGUGUAUUGGUCAUCACCAGCAGAUGAACCCUAUUGAUUUUGAGGUCAGUGGGUCAAAGGUCAAGGUCAGUGUGACCUUUACAUGAAAAACGUUUUCCGAUCAAUAACUUGAGAACGCUUUGACCCAGGAACCUCAUACUUGGUAGGUGUAUUGGUCAUGACCAGCAGAUGAACCCUAUUGAUUUUGAGGUCAGUGGGUCAAAGGUCAAGGUCAGUGUGACCUUAACAUGAAAAACGGUUUCCGAUCAAUAACUUGAGAACGCUUUGACCCAGGGACCUCAUACUAGGUAGGCUUAUUGGUCAUGACCAGCAGAUGAACCCUAUUGAUUUUGAGGUCAGUGGGUCAAAGGUCAAGGUCAGUGUGACUGUAAGCUGAAAAAAGGUUUUCUGAUUGUCCAUAUUUUAUUUAAGUGUCCAAAUCCUACUAACAAUUUGGCUCCCAAGGGGGCAUAAAUGUUUCACUAACAUCUCUUGUUAGUUUCAUGUAUCCUGACUUAUCUUUAAUUUUUACUCUGACUCUAAACAAUUUUAUUAUCUUCUGAAAUAUUUGUUUGAUAUUUUUCUUCAGAAAGUUAAAAAUUAAUUGUUUAAAUUGGCUUAUAACAAUACCAAUGAUGCUAAUACUGUAUAUGGUAUAAAUGUUCUUAAUGUUGGUAACACAAAAAUCUUUAGAAACAAUUUGCCUUAUAGAAAAAAAAAUCAUAAAAUAUCUGACCUUAGGUACCUACUUGAUGGCAUACCCUAUUUUUUUUUGCCAUGAACAGGAAACAAACUUAUUAUUUUUUACGCCUAUCUAGGCAGUGUACACAAAAACAUUUUUAGCACAUAGAACAAUUUGUCUCAGAUGGAUAUGUAUAUAGCAUAUGUUUUUCCACAUAGGAUAAAAAGUUCAUCUUCUACGCCUUCAUAAUGUUGUAGUAAGAAAAAAAUUGGGGGGGGGGGGAGAAUUAAUACAUAGUUUGAAUAUAAACAAGAAAUAGCAAAGCAAGACCCAACUAAUCUGAGUUGAUUAUUAUAACAACCUAAGCACACUUCCGUAUCUCAAGUGACGGUAUGUUGUUUCUAUUGUUGAAAAUGACUGCAAAAUAUACCCAUGCAGCUAAUCUGAUUUUUGAAAAAAGUCAUAAAACUUAUGAAUAAAUACCAAGACAAACAAUUUACAUUUAAUAAUUUCUUAAAUUAUCAAAAUACCCUACACAACUUAUACUAGUCAGUUAUCGUGUUCAUGCUUCUCUGAAUACAUAUAAUUUUGUCAAGAUCUGAUUUGUUUACUUAUAUUUUGUAAAGAAAUAUUAUUUAGAUUCAUAUGUCAAUUUUCAGAUUUGUUGUCACCCUAUAACAAUUUAAGCGAACAUUGGGCUCUGUCAUUGGUUAUAAACCAGAUUGGAUUUGCAUUGAUACCCAUUAGUUUGUGUUCAUGAUUGUUUUUCAAGCCAUAAAUAAAGAAUGAAAGUUG